AUGUUAAACUCAUUUACGAACUACGAAGAGUUCUCAUCACCUCACCACGUCUUUUCCAAUUACUGUGAGAAUGAUAACGAAUCUUAUUCUUCAAAAUACUUACCACCAUUACCGCCGUCCUCCAAAACAUCGCAGAUCAACGAAAAGGAAGCAAACAUUCCUCAUAGAAUUUCCUCGCCUAUCAUCAUCGGUGAACCAUUUUCUGCACUGAUUCAUUCUCUCGUUCCAUCGCCGAGUUUAUUCUUACACGACACGGACGACCAAACGAUUUUUGAUGAAUAUGGUUUUCGCAUUGAUAUCAAUGAAAAUGAACAACAAUAUGAAAUUCUACCUGUCAGAGAAAACGAACAAGCGAAAUUCAAAUGGCUUACACAUCUCGACUCAACAUAUAAACUCGAUGUCGUUCAUUUGCCCCUCCAAGAGCGAGAAAUUUUCAAUAAAAUCAAUCCAAAACACAUACGACAGGAUACUCAACUUUGUCUUCUAUUACAACAAACAUUCGGUAUCCCUACAUCGAUACGUCCGCAGAUCUGGAUGUGUCUCAGUGGUUCUUCACAUAAAAAAUAUCAAGCAAAAACAUCGUAUAACGAUAUGUUAAAACAGUGUAACAAUGAUAAACAACUUUAUUCGAAACAAAUUGAAAAAGAUCUGCUAAGAACAUUACCAACCAAUGCUUGUUUUAUGACGAUCAAUGCAUCGGGUAUAUCAAGACUGAGACGAGUUCUACGUGCAAUUGCAUGGCUCUUUCCAGAUAUUGGAUAUUGUCAAGGUAUGGGUGUGAUUUGUGCGACAUUACUAUUAUUUUUCGAAGAGGAAGAUGCAUUUUGGAUUAUGUGUGCGAUCGUUGAAGAUCUCUUACCAGGUCAAUAUUAUUCGGCAUCGUUAUUCGGUGUUCAAGUCGAUAUACGUGUAUUUCGUUAUUUGAUUCAACAAUAUCUUCCAAGUAUUCAUGAUUUGUUUAACGAACAUGACAUUGAUUUAACAUUAAUCUGUUUUCAAUGGUUUUUAACACUUUAUUCUAAUGUAUUUCAUACGAAAUUUCUUUGCCAUUUGUGGGAUUACUUUUUUCUUUAUGGGUCAACAAUUCUAUUUCAAAUUGGUUUAAUUAUGUUGAAACAAUAUGAAAAUCUGCUUGUCGAAACAAAUAACAGCGCACAGAUAUUCAACUUCCUAUGUGAAUUACCUCAACUAUUUGAAGAUGAAUAUGGAAAUAACGAACAAAUCUUUAAAGAUUUACCGACAUUGUUCAAUUUAACAUCGACAAUCAUCGAAUCGCAUCGUAAGAAAUAUUUGGCUGAGCUGAUGUCCCAAGAAGGUUUCACCAUCAAUCCAAAGAUGAAUCUGAUCAAUCUACCGAAAGACAUUCUUCAACGUCGUCCAAAUGCGAAAACUUCUUCAGCAAAUAGAUUCUCUUUUAUGAGAAAAUUUCAGUCAAACUCGACUCAUGAUCAAGCUUUAAUCGAACGGAAUAUUACUCAAACAGAGAUGCUUGUUAAUCUGCGUGAAGCGAUACUGAAAAUCGCAAAACAUUUCAAAGACAACGAUCCGGAUAGUUACAAUCAAGAAAAUACUGAUCUGAAUGUCGAUUAUUCCAUUGAAUCCCAUGUUAAAGAUCAUGAACGUUAUGCGAAUAUAUCUUUACAGAAAUGUAAACGUGCGAAGACUCUGGUUGAUUUUGAAUGUCAAGAUUCGAAUGAACUCGGAUUUAAGAAGAAUGAUAUCUUGAAAAUUUUAUCUAUGUCUGACGAACAUUGUUGGAUUGGAGAACUGAAUGGCAAACACGGAUGGUUUCCAGCCAAAUUCGUUCAAUUGGUUGAUGAAAGAUCGAAAUUGUAUUCCUUAGCUGGUGAUGAUAGUGCUGACGAAAACAUUUCUGAUCUUGUUCGAGGCAAAUUAGCGACAUGUAUCAAGUCAAUCUUCGAACAUGGAUUACGAAAAACGCCGCUUAUACUUGGUGGUGUUUGCCAUCCGUGGUUGUUCAUCGAAGAAGCCGCCUUGCACGCAAUCAACAAAGAUUUCGACAGUGUCUAUGCUCGUCUUAUCCUUUGCAAAACAUAUCGUUUAGAUGAAGAUGGACGAAUCUUAACACCUGAAGAACUUCUAUGUCGUUGUAUACGCUCAAUCAAUUACACACAUAAUCUUGCUCAUGCACAAAUGGAUGUCAAAUUACGCUCAUUUAUAUGUGUAGGUCUAAACGAGCAAGUCUUACAUCUAUGGUUGGAAACAUUAUGUUCAUGUACAGAAAUAAUUAAUAAAUGGUAUUUACCGUGGUCAUUUUUACGUUCGCCCUGUUGGGUACAAAUCAAAUGUGAUUUGAGAGUCUUGCAACAGUUUUCCUUUGCUCUUCAGCAAGAUUAUGAAUUACCUGUUGCUUAUCGGCAAUUGGAUGUUUUAUCAAGCGUUCGUGAUAUGUUAAUGAAACAUCAUCUAUUCAGUUGGGAUCUUUAA